AUGCAAUACGCGACAGCAAAAGUUUCGAAUGAUCUAACCAUUGAUAUCCCCCUGCCAACACUCAAAGUACUCCUGGAAAUUAAAAAGAACAGUUUAUCUCUGGAAACCUCUUUGGUUAACAAUCAAAUCAAUAAAAGCGCAUUUGGGUUGUUUCUACUUGCAUUUGAGAACGAAGUUUAUAAACAAACAAGAUUGUCUGCAAAAUUGUGGGGUAAAUUUGCAGCGGCUGGAAGAGAAACUUGGAUAAAUGCAAAUGAGGAAUAUCGAGGUGCUUUUGAUAAAUUGGUUAUUGAACUAAAUUCUCAUGAUGAAUAG